AAUGAAAAUGAAGAAAAAUCUGAAGUUCAGGCAAUCAUUGACUCAACUCCAGAGUUGGAUAUGGAUAAAGACAUCAGUGGAUAUAAGGGUUCCAGCACUCCCACCAAAGGCAUCAAGAACAAAGCAUUUGACCGUAACACAGAGUCACUCUUUGAAGAGCUGUCAUCUGCUGGUUCUGGCCUAAUUGGAGAUGUGGAUGAAGGUGCAGAUUUACUGGACCAUAAUUUCUUUGGAAUGGGGCGUGAGGUUGAAAACCUUAUUUUGGAAAACACUCAGCUGCUGGAAACAAAAAAUGCACUGAAUGUAGUGAAGAAUGAUUUAAUAGCAAAGGUGGAUGAAUUGACCUGUGAGAAGGAUGUACUACAAGGUGAAUUAGAAGCUGUAAAGCAAGCAAAACAAAAGCUUGAAGAGAAGAAUAAAGAAUUGGAAGAAGAGCUGAGAAAAGCUCGUGCAGAAGCAGAGGAAGCAAGACAGAAGGCUAAAGAGGAUGAUGAUAGCGAUGUCCCCACGGCGCAGCGGAAACGCUUCACGCGUGUGGAAAUGGCCCGAGUGCUGAUGGAGAGGAACCAGUACAAGGAGAGGCUGAUGGAGCUGCAGGAGGCUGUCCGAUGGACCGAGAUGAUAAGAGCAUCCAGAGAAAAUCCAGCCAUGCAAGAGAAGAAAAGAUCAAGCAUUUGGCAAUUUUUUAGCAGGCUCUUCAGUUCAUCCAGCAAUACAGCAAAGAAACCAGAACCUCCUGUCAAUGUUAAGUAUAAUGCUCCAACCUCGCACAUUACUCCAUCUGUCAAGAAAAGAAGCAGCACCUUAUCUCAAUUACCCAGUGACAAAUCUAAAGCCUUUGAAUUCCUCAGUGAAGAAACUGAAGCCAGUUUAGCCUCACGCCGGGAGCAGAAGAGAGAGCAGUACCGCCAGGUGAAAGCUCAUGUCCAGAAAGAGGAUGGCAGAGUGCAGGCUUUUGGCUGGAGUUUACCUCAGAAGUACAAACAGGUGGCAAAUGGUGGACAGGGUGAAAAUAAGAUGAAGAACUUGCCUGUACCUGUUUAUCUGAGACCUUUAGAUGAGAAGGAUACCUCUAUGAAGCUGUGGUGUGCUGUAGGGGUGAACCUGUCAGGAGGGAAGACACGAGAUGGAGGGUCUGUGGUUGGUGCCAGUGUGUUCUACAAUGAUGUGUCUGGUGUGGAUGCAGAUGGCAACAAGCAGCAAACAGGAUCCCAGAGUAGCUUAGAUAAACUAGACCAAGAGCUCAAGGAUCAGCAGAAGGAACUGAAACAUCAGGAAGAAUUAUCCAGUCUGGUUUGGAUCUGUACUAGCACACAUUCUGCUACAAAAGUUAUCAUCAUUGAUGCAAAUCAACCAGGGAAUAUUCUGGACAGUUUCAUUGUUUGCAAUUCUCACGUGCUUUGUAUUGCCAGUGUGCCAGGGGCAAGGGAAACAGACUACCCUGCAGGAGAAGAAGGGUCCCAGGAAGCAGAUUCCAGCCAAGUGGACAAAUCCUCCCUGUGUGGCAGUAUGACCAGCAACAGCUCUGCUGAGACUGACAGUCUGCUGGGGGGCAUCACCGUGGUGGGCUGCACUGCUGAGGGUAUCACAGGGGCUUCUGGUGCCCACGACAUCAAUGGGGCCUCACCUGUGGCAGAGAAACAGUCAGAUAUUGCAACUGAAAAUAAUUCAGUAGAUGAGAACAUUCCAACGGCAGAGGAGGCAACAGAAGCAACAGAAGUCAAUGCAGGGACAGGAGAAGACACAGCUGAUAUUGCACAAACUGGAGUCUAUACAGAGCAUGUCUUUACAGAUCCCUUGGGAGUGCAGCAUACAACAGAGGCAUCCCCCGUGUAUCAGCCUAAUACUGAAUCAGAGUUAUAUAAGGAUGUUGCAGUUCUGCCAAAUGAGCAAGAUCUAGUGAGAGAGGAAGCACAGAAAAUGAGUAGCCUUUUACCAACCAUGUGGCUUGGAGCACAGAAUGGAUGCCUGUAUGUUCAUUCGUCAGUGGCCCAGUGGAGGAAAUGUGUACAUGCCAUUAAACUUAAAGAUUCUAUUCUCAGUAUUGUACAUGUCAAAGGAAUAGUCUUGGUUGCACUGGCAGAUGGGACACUCGCGAUCUUUCACCGGGGAGUUGAUGGUCAGUGGGAUUUGACAAACUAUCACCUCUUGGACCUGGGCCGGCCACACCACUCGAUCCGGUGCAUGACAGUGGUACAUGACAAGGUCUGGUGUGGCUACAGGAACAAAAUCUAUGUUGUUCAACCAAAGGCCAUGAAAAUAGAGAAGUCCUUUGAUGCCCACCCAAGGAGGGAGAGCCAAGUGAGGCAGCUGGCAUGGGUGGGGGACGGGGUGUGGGUGUCCAUCCGCCUGGACUCCACCCUGCGCCUCUACCACGCCCACACCUACCAGCACCUGCAGGACGUGGACAUUGAGCCCUAUGUAAGCAAAAUGCUUGGUACUGGUAAACUGGGAUUCUCAUUUGUGAGAAUCACAGCACUUAUGGUGUCUUGUAAUCGUUUAUGGGUAGGAACAGGAAAUGGUGUCAUCAUCUCCAUUCCAUUAACAGAAACUGUAAUCCUCCACCAGGGACGUUUACUGGGGCUGCGGGCCAAUAAAUCAGCAGCAGGCUCUGGAAACCGUCCGGGGAGUGUGAUCCGUGUGUAUGGAGAUGAGCACAGUGACAAAGUGACUCCAGGGACAUUCAUCCCCUACUGCUCCAUGGCACACGCACAGCUCUGCUUCCAUGGCCACCGAGAUGCUGUGAAAUUCUUUGUUGCAGUACCAGGUCAGGUUGUUUCCCCUCAGAGUAGUGGUGGAACAGAUCUAACACCUGAUAAACAAGCCCAAGAGUCCUUCAACCAGAGUCCCUUAAAAUCAAUGUUGGUGAUAAGUGGUGGAGAAGGAUACAUUGACUUCAGAAUGGGUGAUGAAGGAGGAGAAUCUGAACUCCUGGGGGAAGCUCUACCACUUGAACCUUCUGUAGCCAAAGCUGAGAGGAGUCACUUGAUAGUGUGGCAAGUCAUGUGUGGCAGUGAGUGAGCCUGUAGGAUGCAGUUGGAGACUUUAAAAAUGGGGGGGGGGAAGCUUCUGCAUGUUUUUUUAUUUUGUGAACCUGUUUCACUACAUGAUGUUGAAGCAUUUCUUUGCUGUUUAUCUUUAUAUUGCAAAUCUGUCAUACCUUUAGCUAUACAGGAAUUAGCUUGUGCUGUUUUACUGCACCCGUGUUAAGUGGAACAGUGUGAGGAAAUCAGAUGUUUCUCCAGCUGGUGUGCACACCACAGUGAGCAGCUGGAACAGUUUUACACCACAGCAAUCUCAUGUGUUCACUUCUUUGGUAGUCUCACUUGAGUUCAUUCAGCUUUGUUCCAACUGAGCUUUAUUUCACUGUAUAAUGCAUAGGGUAAAACAGCAAAGUUAUUCCCAGAGUAUGAAAAAAAUGGACAAAUUAGAAGAUGGAUUAUUAAGACACAUCCAAAUACUCAGUGAGGGCUAAAGCAAGCUGUGUAUUUCAGCUUUUGAUUUCCAACCUGGAAAAUCUUGCUCAUAUAGCAUACGCGGUUUAAUUUGUUACAUUCUUCAGAAUUUGUGGGGGGAAAGAGGAGACUGUAUAGGAAUUAAAAUUAAAAUAUUUAAAUAAAAUAAUAUUUUUACAAUUGAACCUUAAUGUUUGAGAACUGCUGCCCUCAGUAAUGAGCAAUUUUGAGCAUAAUGUUUUUCCAUCUCCCUGACAUGGAACAACUCUGUUUCCAAAGGAUAUUCUUAGGUUGAUGUAAAUUGGAAAAUAACUGUAAAAUUCUCAAACAGGGGAUAUGUUUUGUUCUUUUCUUGUCUUAAUUCCUUAUGUCCUAAGCACUUAGAAUGAUCUUCUUUGCCUAGCUGGUCAAACUCAUAAGGCACUCUGUGUGUAAAGGUUGGAGACCUUAAUUGGAGCAUGAGAAAAGACUGAGAGUAUACAGGAAAAAACUCACAUUCUGCUCAAGUGAGAUCAUAAAGGAAGUGUAGUUCCAGAUAAUUAGGUACAAAAUAUAUUUUUUGUAGCUCCAUAUCCAAAUAUAGUGAAAAAAAUACAUAAUUUAGCAACAAUAUUAUCAGGUAACACAAAGACAGAGAAAAUUACUGAAAUUCAGGAGACUAAUAUUAGGCUGACAUUCUGUCUACUCACCAUCUAUCUUUUUUAUCCAUAAAUGUGAGUUUAAGACCAUCUUCCUUUUACAUUGAAAUUUCUGCAUUACUAUCAGACCUAAGUUAAACACUUCAUUACUUCUGUACUUCAGAAGAUUUAAAAACCCAGAUUUGCUCUUUAAUUUAGUCUCUGGAAAGUAAAAGUUUUGAGGGGUUUUAAUAAACAUCCAGCAUUUACCCCUAAAAGGUUGGAGCUGUUCAGAUUAGCAGAGAAAUUUAGUGACUUGAUUAUGUGAGAGAACUGAACAGUUUCAGAGGAAUAAAUAUAGAAACACUUUUUUAAAACUGCCUAAACAUUUUUAUGCAAUAGGAGCAGUUCUGGUCUAUCAGGCAAACAUGUGUUUAUAUAUUUUCUUAAUUUUUUAAAUGAACACAUUUAGCUGAGGUCUAUUGUGUAAAUAUAUAUUUAGGCAGCUUUUUCAAAUGCAUAUCAUAGCUGAUAAACCAGAAAAUCUCCAUUCAGGUCUAUUGGUUAGAUUUAUAUAUAUAAAUACUUUUUAAGCAACAUAUUUUGUACACAGCUGUUCCUCUCGUAAAUAUGUAUUUAGGACAUGAACUAUGUAGUAAAAAUCCUUAUUAAAGAUGUUUAAUAUCUUGGUAGUAUUUUUCUCUUCAGAAUGCCAAAAGCAAUGAGAGCAUGUUGUUCAUAAUUUGCUUUCCAUAUUCAUCUUGAAUGUCACUCUUAAAGUACUUUAGCUUAAAGUAUGGAAGCUUAUUAAAAAUUAUACAAAUACUAAUUAUACAAAAGUAACCUGAGUCAACAUUCUUAGACCUAUUUUAAACUUCUAGGCAUGUGUGCUGAACAUGAAGCACAUCUGAAUUAACUAAUGGGAUUGGAUGUUUUAAGAAAAAUGCUGUCUAAACUUUUACUGUUGUGCAGAAUCUUCACUGUGAGUGGUGCAGUUUCAUUGCUUUUUCUGCCAUUUUCUUGAAUUAAUUUUUUCUUUUUUUUCUCUUUGGAAAACACAGUCUCCAAAGUUUUUUACUCACUGGUUGAUUGUCACAUUCUCAUGUUCUCAGAAAAAAAAAGCGCACAAUUCUGUUCCUGGGUUCUGUGUAGGCUUUUAUUUGUUAUUAGAGACAAGCUGUUCUCUCUGAGUGGCAUUACUGCUCCAGCUGGAGCAGUGUAACCUGACAAGUGUGUACCUGGUCUUUUGCCAAAUGGAGCUGUCCCACCGUGCCAUUUUAGUCACCUCAGUGGGCCAGUCCUUGCAGAUAUUUCAGAGAAUGAUUGAUUGCUUCUGUCCAAAAGCAGAAGGGUUUUAAAGCAGACAGUAGUUGAACUGUGUAGCACUAUGGGUGUAGAUAAGGGCAUGUGCACUUCUUUGUAUUUCUCAUUUAAAAACUUUAUCCCCUGACCUAAAGUACAGUAGGUUAACUGGGUCCCUGUUGCCAUCACAGUGUGCUGGGCUGUAUAAAUCCUUUUAAGGUCACUUUGAAAGGUGAAUAAAGCACGCAAAGCCCAGGCACUGGGAUGACAAUACACCCUCAACUCCGUCUCAAGAAUGUGUUUAUGCAUUACACUCGUGAUUAAAGCAUCAUAUAAAUAGGAGCUAAUCUCUUGAUAGCUACAGCUUGUUAAUAGUUUGGAAACAUUUUGAGCACAAAA